AUGGAGGUCCACUUUCUACGAAUCAUCAUGGAUGAAGGCCAUGAAUUCUCCUCUUCUGGACGCAAAAACAGCGCCUAUUGGGCACUACAGAAGCUUUGCGUGGAUAGGAAAUGGAUUGUAAGCGGAACACCUGCGAGCGGACUUUUAGGCGUUGAAGUUGGGACAGCUACCUUCGAGACUUCACACUCUGCGGCUGAUGACGACCAUCGUUUGACCAAUUCAGACCUGCUUGAAGCCCGAAGGAACGAGUCUGCGCUAAUCCAAGAACGCAAGGACCUUGAGAAACUGGGCGUCAUUGUGGCGGGUUUCCUGCAAUUAAAGCCAUGGGCCAAUAGCAAGGAGCAUGAUCCUGCCUCAUGGUCCAGGUACAUCAUGCCUUACAGUGAUGGAAGAAGGAAAGCUAGAUCAUUGAAGACACUACUAAACAGUCUUGUGGUGCGUCACCGCAUUGAAGACAUUGAAGCGGAUAUUCAAUUACCUCCAUUGCACAACCGAGUCGUCUAUCUGCAACCAAGCUGGCACGAUAAGCUCAGCCUGAAUCUCUUCAUACAAGCUUUAAUCGUGAAUGCAGUGACUUCCGAGCGCGUUGACGAAGACUAUAUGUUCCACACAAAGAAUAGACGAGAACUUAAUAAGCUGAUCAACAACUUACGGCAAUCGGGUUUCUACUGGACAAGCUUUUCUCCAGGUGAUAUUGCCAAGACCGUCAAGGUUUCGCGAGCAUACCUCGAGGAGCAACGGAAUCCUGACUCUGUCUACUACGAGGCUGAUCAGCUACUACUGAAGCAGGCAAUAGAAAUUGGAGAGGUUGCAUUAGAAUCUCCAUCAUGGAGGUCAUUUGCUGACCUGCAUGAGAUGGGGAUGUUCGUUGAGCGUUUCCCUGACAAUGCUCGAGAUGCUUGGUCAUUGGUACAUCGAACUGGAGACGAGCUUCUACUUAUCGGAGCUACGCAACUUAGCAAAGCUCAAAAUUGGGUGAACUCCCAUCUUCAUGUAAACAAUCCCUCGCAUGGUCUCGCAGGGGUGGGGACCGCCACCAUGCAAAAGCUGUGGCACGGCGUACAGCAGCAAGCAGUGCAAAUACUUCCGGACAUUUCUCUUGAUGGGGAAGACAAUGAUGCUGGAAGAAAGUUUAAGAAAAAGUCGAAAUCGGGAAUCAACGGAACGCCGAAAUUGACCGAGAAGCAGACUGUAUCUCGUGCAAAAGCCAGUCCGAGCCCUCGACAGACCAAGAAUAUCCAGUUCAACGCAUCAGAUUCUAGCAAGCCAAUAAGUCUUAAACCCGCUCUUAAGUCUGCUUUCAAGUCAUUUUCGAAAGAGCAAACCACGGAUCCAUUUCCACCGGACUCCCCUUUAGGAAAGAGCACAAUCAGUGGUACCGCAUCCGCCAAGCUGAGCUAUUUGCUCGAUAGAGUCGUCGCACUCCACCAAGACGAAAAGAUCCUCAUUUUCUAUGAAGGCGACCACAUUGCGUACUACAUAGCUCAGGCCUUUGAUCUUGUCGACGUUCGGUACCUGAUCUAUACUAGAACGCUUUCUCUGGCACGUCAGAACGCCUACAUCACAACGUUCAACACUACCGAGACUUUUCGUGUCCUCCUCAUGAACGUGUAUCAAGCAGCUCACGGUCUUCAUAUUGCCACUGCAUCUCGUGUGUUUUUCGUCAAUCCCGUCUGGCAGCCUAAUGUCGAAGCUCAGGCGAUCAAACGUGCCCAUCGUAUUGGACAGGUACGGCCGGUUUACGUAGAAACCCUUGUGCUGAAAGACACUUUGGAGGAUCAUAUGCUACAGAGGAGGAAGGGUAUGACUGCACAGGAGCAUCAGAAGGCCGAGAAGAGUUUGCUGGAUGACGAGACCAUGAGUACCAUUAUCAAGAAUGCCCAUUUCAUACCGUUUACGAAGGACCACAUACAUGAUGCCGACAAGCAAGUAGCAAAAUUGUCGGCCCCUCAGCAAUUGUUUGGGCGAGUUGCUGCAAGUGAGCGAAAUCUCGACGAUCCAGACGCAGAUCUGAUUUUGGACUCAUCGCAGUCGAAGAAAUCGAGUCGGAAGCGGCAAGUUGACAUUUUGAUGUCUGACUAUGCCCCGGAUCUGAGAGAGUCGCCUCCUCCAAGACGAAGCUCAACGGAUUCCAAUCUUCACUUUAGUGUAGGAACUCGUCUGGCGGAAAGCUCAGCGGCCCCCGACAUGGCAUACCAACAGAAAAGCGACUUUGAGCAUGCUUCGGAGCUGACUAGACCGCCAUCUCCCAGAAGAAUGGCGGCGAAUAUGCCCAUUCGAACUAUUGGAGAAGCUAAUGCGCCUGAAAGCUCGACAGCUCACGACCCGUUCCGCAAGCGAAAGAGCGAUUCUGAGUAUGCCCCAGACCUCACAGCGUCACCACCUCCUAGGAGAAGAACACUCACUUUCCGCACUUCUGGCAUCUCUGGUUCCACGGAGAAUGAUGUGCCGGCAAGCUCGACAGCCUACGAUUCAGUGCCGGCGUCAACAGUAAUCCCGGUGCAUCAGACCCCAUCAACCACGGUCAUGGCUGAUGCCCGUCCUCCGAGAAGAGUAGGCUUCGACUUGGGUAAGAGAAGGGAUGAGCCCCAAAGCUUGUUUGGCGGAAGUGCUUCCACUUCCUAG